AUGACCAAGGCUCCCUUCUCGGUGGAGUGGCUCUCCCAGAGCAGCCAAGCCACCAACCACGCCCGGAGCAGGGAAAGAGUCAGCCCGGCCGCGUCUUCGGCCUUCCCCGACGGCAACCGGACCCAACAGGGAGAGCCUCCGUCUAACUGCCGGCCUGCCGGGAGAGAACGAAACCCGGUCGGGGGGGAAGUCGUUCCCAUGGGCCACGAACCACCUUCUGAACAACUUCCUUCGCUCCAGAAGAAAGUGGAUUUCUCCUCGACGUCAGCAGAGGCGUCUGAGGCUCCCAAGCGGACGUGGAGUGCAACGGAGGGCAGCUCGGACGGCGAAGGGAGCCUCUCGGAAGGCCAGACCCCAGAAGAGGCCAGCGGCAGUAGAAGCACUAACAGCCGCCGCUUGCGCACCGCUUUCAGCGUUGAGCAGAUCAGCACCCUGGAGAACUCCUUUAAGCGUCACAGGUACUUGGGCGCCGCAGAGAGACGCAAACUGGCCAGUAAGAUGCAACUCUCCGAAGUGCAGAUCAAGACUUGGUUCCAGAACCGGCGGAUGAAACUGAAGCGCCAGUUGCAGGAGAUGAGACCUGAACCUUUGCACGCAGUGCCAUUUUACAGCCCCCUCCCUUUUGGACCUCAAAGUGGGCCUGUGUCCUAUGUUUACUCUCCACACCAGCAGACUUUCGCUGGGAGGGAAGCUGUUUCUUCUGGCAUCCCCUUCCCUACAAUGCCAGCUCCGACUCUGGAUCCCAGAAGCAACGCUGGAGGGCAACUUGGUGCUCUCUGGCCAAUGCCCAUGCCCUACUUUAUAGGAUGCCAAGACCCUAGAACUGUCUUCCUGCCCCUCUGA